UAGCUUGACUUGAAUAUGUUUUUAACAUACUUUAACAAGCGAAACGGGGUUUACAAUUCUAUCGUAGUUACAUCUCCCUACGAUUGCAAAUGUAAUUUUCUUGUGUAUAUCAAUCACGUAUUGAUAAAAUAUAGUGGACGAACAACUUUGGAGUACCACCGCAUGCUUGUGGACCACAGUUGUAAUCGAACUGCCGUAAGGAAAACACGCCAUCACUCUCAAUUUCAACUAUUUAUAAAAAUGGAAAUCAAAUCAGUGUUGAUCGUAGAUGGUGUUGGCCCAGUCUGUGCUGAUACCCUGACUUCUCAUGGAAUCAGUGUCACUACCAUACCUAAAAUUACCAAAGAAGAGCUUCUAAAGGAAAUCCCUAAACACAACGCCCUGGUGGUACGAUCAGCUACUCAAGUCACCGAGGAAGUCCUUGCUGCGGCAAAGAAUCUCAAUGUCGUGGGACGUGCUGGCGCAGGCGUGGAUAACAUCGAUGUAAAUGCAGCUGGGAAGAAAAAUGUUAUGGUCAUCAAUGCCCCCGGUGCUAACGCUAUGAGUGCGUGCGAGCUUACAUGUGGGCUGAUAUUGGCAUUAGCGAGACACGUAGUACCUGCUGCCACAUCUCUCAAGGCUGGAAGAUGGGACCGUGCGCUGUACACAGGGACAGAAGUUAACAACAGAACCUUGGCCGUGCUUGGACUUGGAAGAGUUGGCAGGGAAGUGGCUGUGCGCAUGCGUAGCUUUGGAAUGAAGGUUAUUGGUUUCGAUCCCUACGUGACUAGUGAACAGUGCCAAGAGUUUGGGGCUACAAAAGUGGAAUUGUCCGAAGUUUGGCCCCAAGCCGACUACAUCACGCUGCAUAUGCCCCUCAUCGAUUCCACUCGCAGCUUUAUCAACAAGGAGGUACUGAAUUCGUGUAAGAAGGGUGUGAAAAUUGUUAAUGUCGGUCGCGGUGGAUUAAUUAACGAACCUGAUUUCUUGGAGGCACUCAAAGAAGGAAAGGUUGGUGCCGCAGCUCUUGAUGUGUUCGAAGAGGAACCACCGAAAAAUCCUCUCACUCUUGAAAUUAUCCAGCACCCAGCAGUUGUGGCUACACCUCAUCUCGGUGCGUCUACAAAGGAAGCUCAAAUACGCGUUGGUCAAGAGAUUGCCGAGCAACUGGUGAACCUAGUGAAACCCGGAACGUACAAGACACCCCUGGCUGCAGUUAAGCCUUCAAAUUAAGCUCCCUUUUCAACUUACUUUAUUUAAGUAAUUUGGUAUUCGAAUAUCGAAUAAUAACUGUAAGAUAAACUCAAUAAAUUUAUUAUUUUCGUU